AGAUUACCUUCACGCACAACACUACCGCCGUCUCCCCUCCAACAUCUCUUCACAGUUCUUUUUUUUUCCUUUGUGUAGGCACCCGCGCGCUCGCCCUUUCCCAACUUCUCACGGAGCGUUGCCAUCGCCGUUGCCUGUGGAUAUAACAGCCGCAGAAACAACAAAACCCGCACUGUCCACUAUUUCUUUACAUAAUACAUGCCCAGGCGGAGCGACAGCAACAACGACGACGCCGAGGGCUUCCUCGGGCGCCAAGCCGUCUUUCCCUUUGCGUUUCCGUUAUUCGGCAAUCCCACUCGCUCCAACAUGUUCAACUCCUUCUUCUCCUCCCGCUCGCGUGGGGAGUGGAUUCCAGCGGUCGACAUUUCGGAGCAGAACGACAGCUACACGCUCAUCUCUGACUUGCCAGAGAUGAAGAAGGAGGACGUUCGCGUGUAUACCGAGAGCUCGUCGGCCAUCUGCAUCUCUGGCAUCCGCCGGCACUUGGAGGAGCAGAGCGACCGCCCGCUGAUCGUGGCGGAGCGCGGCGUGGGUCGCUUUGAGCGCUGCUUCGACCUGCCGUCGAAGUUGGAUGAGACGAGCGUGAGGGCGAGUUUCAAGGACUCGCAGCUCGUGGUCACCAUCCCCAAGCUGAGCACCAGCGCGAGUGGAUCCUCCGGGUCAAUCAAGAUUGAGUAA